AUGAUGCUUCACAGCGGUAUGCGCUUCGCGAUGUUACAUCGUGUGCAGCCGCUCAAUGUGUCGGUGAUAUCUUCAGGAUUCAUAGGAUAUCGCUACACCUUCGCCGCUGAUGCUUUGGCUCUCUACUCGUCGUCCGGUUCUCCAACCAAGUCCCCAUCGCCGAACCUUCCAGCUGCCCAUGAGUUCCCUGACAUCGCUCAAACGGCAUCUUCCACUCCUAUCCCAAGCCCCAGCCAAGCAGGCACAACACGAGCUGGAGCUCUGAAGGGGCAUUACUUAGCGCCCGAACUGACGAAUGAGGGCUCGGGCGCAGCAUCCUCUUUAUUGGUGUUUAAUGCGUCGGUCGAGCGAGUUGCAUCCACGCCGCCGAAAUGUACGCCUGUGGUUAAGCCUGCAUUCAUCAAGCCGCCGAAUGCGUUCAUCUUGUUCAGGAGAGAAUUUGCCAAGAAUCAGACGGACACGCCAUCCCAGGCAGAGCGGAGCUGCGCCGCCGGCGUGGAAUGGAACGGCAUGACGCAGGCAGCCAAAGAGAAGUGGUACAACCGUGCAGCAGCAACAAGGCAAGAGAUGCUGCUAAAGGUGGCGCUUGGCCACAAAGACAAGACAGGACAGAAGCCGAGAAGACGCCGGCCAAGGAGCCGCGCGAUGAAGGAAAACAAACAAGCUGGUAUGUUGGGUGAGACUGUAAUACCAGUUACCAGAAGGAUUGUGAGGCCGUCCAGCCGCGAAUGCUCUCCGCCGAAGCUCCAAUCUACCCAGCACGCCGCCUCGCCGACACUGCUCCCCUACUGGUUUCCUGAUCUCGACGUCACUACAAUGUCUCCGCGUCAUGUCUACCAUCAUGGUGGCGCGCCUCAUGGUGCACUGUACCCACCAACUUAUACGCCACAGCACGGGCCAGUCCAACAUGCAAUGCAGAGUCUUCUUUCAGGAGAUAAUCCGCCGCCACAUGCAGGAGCGAUGCAAUCCCCUUACGCAGGACAUAUACCCGAGCCACAAGGCGCUUUUUAUACUGCGCAUUCGCCACAAUACACUCCUCCUCAGCAACAGCAACAGCAAUAUAUCCAGCAAAACCCGUACGCACCUCCCCUCGCCGCGGCACCGACACCUGACCAGGAGCCAAUGGAUAUGAUCAGAGGCAGUCCCUCUUCGACACGGAUAGUUCACAUAAAGCGUGGCUUAUCGCGAACUCAGCCGCAGGACGAGUUCGAGGCUCUGCUUCUGCACGAUGACAGCGUGGUCGCGAUCUUACGACGCGGCAAAGAGUUGAUUGAAUCUCAGUCCCGCUGA